AUGAGUUCCCUGGCUUCAUUUCGUACAGUGGGGCGCAAAAUUGUGGCCAUCGGGCGUAACUUUGCUGAUCAUGCCAAGGAACUAAACAAUGCUGUACCCACCGAACCAUUUUUUUUCCUGAAACCUACGUCCAGCUACGUUGAGUCAGGACACGCUAUCCAAGUGCCACAAGGCGUGAUGGUACACCACGAAGUGGAAUUGGCUGUCGUAUUUGGAAAGAGUGGUCGGGACAUCACACGUACAGAAGCCGACAGCUACAUUGGCGGCUACGCACUCGCUGUGGAUGUGACGGCUCGGAACAUGCAAGAAAAGGCGAAGAAAAGCGGCCUUCCAUGGUCGGCGGCCAAGGGCUUCGAUACGUUCACACCAAUAAGCCCGCUGAUUCCAAAGGCCCAUAUCCCUGAUCCGCACAAUGUGGAUCUCUGGCUCCAGGUCGACGGUCAGCUUCGGCAGCACGGAAACACACGCGAUAUGAUCUUUUCGAUCCCUGAGCUGAUUUCACACGUGUCAUCCAUAAUGACUCUCGAAGCCGGCGAUGUGAUGCUGACAGGCACACCUAAGGGUGUUGGCCAGAUGGUCGAUGGGCAGCAGAUCCAUGCCGGCUUACAGCUGCCCACUGCGCCCAAUACACUGGCAGAACUAAAGUUGCAUGUGAAAAACCGUGCGGGCGGUUACGCCUUUCAAGGAUAA